AUGACGCGUUCUGAAAAGAUCUUCGAUGGCCUAGGCAUCUUACUGAAUAUCAUACUAAUCCAUUACAUACUAACUGAUGACAUCACGGCACCACCUACACCACCAGAGAACGAAGCCGCGCCACCUACACCACCAGAGGAUGAAGCCGCACCACCUACACCACCAGAGGAUGAAGCUGCACCACCUACACCACCAGAGGAUGAAGCCGCGCCACCUACACCACCAGAGGAUGAAGCCGCGCCACCUACACCACCAGAGAACGAAGCCGCGCCACCUACACCACCAGAGGACGAAGCCGCGCCACCUACACCACCAGAGGACGAAGCGCACCACCUACACCACCAGAGAACGAAGCCGCGCCCCCUACACCACCAGAGAACGAAGCCGCGCCACCUACACCACCAGAGAACGAAAGCGCACACAGACACCACCAAAGACGAACCACCACCCACACCAAAGAGAACGAAGCGCACCACCUACACCACCAGUAGAACGAAGCCGCGCCAACCUACCCCCAUAGAACGAAGCCGCGCCACCUACACCACCAGAGAACGAAGCCGCGCCACCUACACCACCAGAGAACGAAGCGCACCACCUACACCACCAGAGAACGAAGCGCACCACCUACACCACCAGAGGACGAAGCCGCGCCACCUACACCACCAGAGGACGAAGCCGCGCCACCUACACCACCAGAGGACGAAGCCGCGCCACCUACACCACCAGAGGAUGAAGCCGCGCCACCUACACCACCAGAGGACGAAGCCGCGCCACCUACACCACCAGAGAACGAAGCCGCGCCACCUACACCACCAGAGAACGAAGCCGCGCCCCCUACACCACCAGAGGAUGAAGCCGCGCCACCUACACCACCAGAGGAUGAAGCCGCGCCACCUACACCACCAGAGGAUGAAGCCGCACCACCUACACCACCAGAGGACGAAGCCGCACCACCUACACCACCAGAGAACGAAGCGCACCACCUACACCACCAGAGGAUGA